GUGGACAGCCGCUUCGUGCUGAAGAUCACCGACUACGGGCUGGAGAGCUUCCGCCUGGCCCCCGACGGCGAUGACUCCCACGCGCUCUUUGCCAAGAAGUUGUGGACGGCGCCGGAGCUGCUGCGGAUGGGCCCGGCCCGUGGGACACAGAAGGGCGACGUCUACAGCUUCGGGAUCAUCCUGCAAGAGAUCGCCCUGCGCAACGGCGUCUUCUACGUGGAGGGGCUGGACCUGAGCCCCAAAGAGAUCAUCGAGCGGGUGAAGAGCGGGGAGCGCCCCAGUUUCCGCCCCUCGGCCAACGUGGGGUGCCACAUGGAGGAGCUGGGCCAGCUGAUGCAGCACUGCUGGGCUGAGGACGUCCUGGAGCGCCCCGACUUCAACCAGAUCAAGGUCCAGCUCCGCAAGUUCAACAGGGAGAGCAGCAGCAACAUCUUGGACAACCUGCUGUCGCGCAUGGAGCAGUACGCCAACAACCUGGAGGAGCUGGUGGAGGAGCGCACCCAAGCCUACCUGGAGGAGAAGCGCAAGGCAGAGGCUCUGCUC